CAAAGGACUGGAGGCAUGUUUGGAGAACGUGUUUGGGUCUGGUGCCCUUGGGGGGGGUUUCAGUGGGGUGGGGCGGGCAGCAGGAGAGCCCUGCCAGGCAGCCCAGAAGAGGUGGGAGAGGUGGGGAGGUCUGAGCUCCUGCAGGAUCAGCAAGGCUCAUCACUGUCUUAGGUUUAAUCCUGCCCCCACCCCUACUCCCCACAGCCUGCCUCUCUGACUCCACCCCUGCCCUCCCCUUUACCCAACCCCAGCCUGGCCGCCUCUGCUGCUGCAUGGACUUCUCUCUUGGCCUACGCUUGGGGCCCCGGAACAAGAAGGCCAGCCACCACCAGCCCCCUCCACCCCCGGGGCACAGCCCACCAGCCGCCUCUCCUUGUCUGUCCUGCCCUCCCUCUGCCUGCCACUGCCCCUGCCCCUGCCCCGGCUGUCCCCCUCCCACCUGCUCCUGCUCUGCCUCUUAUGCAACAACCUGCCCCUCCUGUCCCGGCCUCCCUGGCCCACCCUGUACCUGCUCCUGCCCUCCCUGCCCUGCCUGCCCUCCCCUGACUUGUCCCCGCAGUCCCUGCACCCCAUGCUCUGGUCCAUACUUGACCUGUUGCCAUCCCUCUCCUUGUCCCAUGUACUCUUGCUCCAAGGGCCAAGCCACCUGUCCCAGCUCCUGCUUGGGCUGCAGUGACAGCUGUGGGUAUGGCCGAGGGGCUGCCUGGGGACCUCCAGGCUCCACUGGCCGCUGCAGCUGCUGCUUCAGGGGACAACGCACCUCUUGGCACUGUCUGAUAGUCUAGCUGGCCUGUCGCCCCCUCAGAGACUGCCAAUCUGCCAGAGCACUUUUGCAGUGGCUUCUUCAGGGAGACAUGGAAGCUCUGGAGGGGUCAGCUGGACCCCUCGCCCAGGCAGGGGGCAGCGGCAGGCUGCUCAGUGCCCUCAGCCCCUUCCUCUGUCCUGGGAGUGAGAGCAGGGCAUCUGCUUUGAAGUUAGAUUCUGGGCAUUCUCCUGCUGGUUCCAGAAUCUCCUCUUCUGCAGCUUCUGGAAUGGAAAGUGUUCUGAGAGCCUCCCCCAUGGCCCCUGAAGGCGAUGAGCAAGUUGGCCAUUUUCUCUCUAGUCAGCCUCCCCUGAAGACCCUUCUUGCUUCAUCUUCUCGGCGGUUUGCAUGGAUAAGAUGGAUUCUUCUUCCAGAGAACCUGGUGCUCUCUACCUGAAAGUCUUAUCUUUCAAAUCCCUGAGUGCUCGCCAGCCUCAUGACCUCAAUCCACCAGCAAUAAUCCCAUCUCUUACAUCCAUGCUCAUCUGCCAGGGGGGCAAUGGAUCAGGCUCCUAAAGAUCCCAUCCACACCUGGGUGGCCAAAUAGCUCUAAGUGGUGGAGAAAACUUAUUUACAGAACUCCAGCUAAUGUAGAAGGAAUGUGGAAUUAGAAAAAUCACCAUUUUGCAAGCCCUAAUGAAAUGACAGAAAAGCAAGAAUCGUAAAUGGAUAAAACCAAGCAUGGUGGUUGAUGGAGGACUUUACAAUGGAGGAAUCAAGCUGUCCCCACUGAAGAAUCCUAGCAUCACUAAAAAGGGACAACCACAUAUGAUGUAUCUUCUGAUAUAAUGCAGCCUGAAGCACUCGGCACCACCUGGGAAGGACAGUUAACAAACAAAAAAACUGAGCAUGCUUCUAACCAAAGCUCUAGAGCUCUCUCCUUAAUGCCCUCCAUUAAAUAGGAAAUGUGGGGGGACAGAGGGACAAAUUAAAUGACCCAACAAAGAAGUAAGGAAACAUAUCCAGAACUUGGGGCAUUCUAGAGGAAAUCUGAGCCAAUUUCUUCAACUAGUCAAUGGCUGAGGGGAAAAGUGAGAAGUGACAUAAGAAGACAGCUACGACAUGGGACAGGUGGGGCUUGUCUGGUUCCUGAUUGGGACCACCCAAUUGGAAAAAAAGACAUUUUUAGACGGUUGGAAACAUUUAAUUUUGAACUGGGUACUUGGGAUGCCAAGGAAUCAGUGUCGAUUUUGUUAAAUGUAAAAACGGCUUUGAGAUGAUGCAAGAAAGGGUCCUUAUUUCCGAGAGCUGCGUACUGAAGCAUGAAGUGAAGUGAUAUAGUUAAGUUUAAUACAUUAUUUAAUAAAUAAAAAAUUAUUGGAGUUUC